AUGCCUGGAAAGACCGCACCCCAGUCGCGUGUCGUGAAAUUCACAAACUGUCGGAUCGUGAAAGGCGACAAGCUCAUCGACCAAGAUGUCUGGAUUGACUCGACAUCAGGAAAGAUCCUACGGGAUCAGGAGGCAUUUUAUGGACUUCAUUUAUCUCCCGAUGAAGUUAUCGACCUAGGCGGACGCAUUCUCGCUCCGGGGCUCAUCGACUGUCAGUUGAAUGGCGCCCAAGGCUUCGACUUCUCAGUACUGCAGUCCUCAAAGGAUGAAUAUGACGAACGUCUGCGGGAAGUCAACAAAUGCCUCGCCCGGACAGGGGUAACCUCCUACCUCCCCACUGUUGUCAGCUCAACUGCAGAAGUCUAUCACAAAGUUCUCCCCUCCCUUGGUCCGACAGGGAAUACGCACCAUCCAGAAGAUGGCGCAGAGUCUCUCGGAGCCCACGUUGAAGGUCCCUUCCUCAGCCCUGGGCGCAACGGAAUUCAUAAGACAGAAGUUCUCCGCUCAGCAGCAACGCCCGACGACCUGAUCGCCUGCUACGGUCGUGAGAACCUCAACGGCGGCUCCAAAAAUAUCAGGCUUAUCACUGCCGCCCCCGAGGUUGGCAAAAUGCUUUCCAACAUCCCACACAUCGUCUCCCAGGGCAUCAUAUAUUCAAUUGGUCACUCGGACGCAACAUACGAGCAAGCACUCGCGGCCACCGACCAGGGCGCGACGAUGGUCACCCACCUCUUCAACGCCAUGCGCCCCUUCUACCACCGCAACCCAGGCAUCUUUGGCCUUCUCGGCCAACAGAGCGAACACCCCCGCCGCCCUUUCUACGGCAUUAUUGCCGAUGGCAUCCACCUGCACCCAACCUCCAUCCGCAUCGCAUACAACGCCCACCCAGACGGCCUCAUCCUUGUCACCGACGCAAUGAGACUAUGCGGUCUCCCCGAUGGUAUUUACGACUGGACAAACGGCGAGCGCAUCAUAAAGUCCGGCGCGCGACUCACACUCGAAGGCUCUGAUAAGAUCGCUGGCAGCUGUGCUACGCUCAUUGAGUGCGUGAACAAUUUCCGCCGCUGGUCUGGCGCUUCGACGGCACAGGCCCUUAAUGCGGCCACGGCAACCCCGGCCCGCCUUCUUCGCAUACAGGGCGUCAAGGGUACUCUAGAUAGCGGCGCUGAUGCGGAUCUCAUCGUCCUUAGUGACGAGAACGACCCGUACUCUGGGCGAACGCUGACAGUGAACCAGGUCUGGAAGCGGGGGUCGAAAAUCUAUGAUUCUGGUAAAGAUCCUGUUUUGAGUUGA